UUCCAGCAUUCAGCAGUAUUCAUCAGGCAGUUGUCGGCAAGCAGUCGUAGGAGCUGGAAUAACAUUGAGGGAAAACAUGUCGCAGGCGGUAAAAACGGAAACGACCAAGGAGCAAAAUGUCACAGUUCCGAAAAGCAAUGGGAAUUCCAAUGGAAAUAGCAAUGGCAAAGUGGAACAGCAGAAGCUGAGACCCAGACACGUAUCUGGCGGUGUGGAGGAAAUCUUAGAUCCCUUUUGCGAUCCCGAGCAUCCUCAAAAGAUAUCCUUCCAUGAUGUUACAUCGGCUGCUUUUCUUAUUCGCGGUGGAGUGGAGCGCACACCGUGUCCGAAAUCCACUUCUUCGGAUCUAUAUGGCAUGGAGCUUUAUUUGAAAAAAGAUUUCCUACAAUAUACAGGCAGCUUCAAGGAGCGUGGAGCACGCUACGCCCUGCUGUCCCUCACAGACGAACAGAAGCGGACGGGAGUAAUCAGUGCCUCGCUGGGGAAUCAUGCCCAGGCAUUGUGCUACCAUGGCUGGAAGCUUCAAAUUCCCGUGACGGUGGUCAUGCCGAAAGCAGCGCCGAUAAUGAAGAUCCAGAAGUGCCGCAACUACAAGGCUCGCGUCAUUGUGGACGGCAACGAUAUGGGUGAGGCCAAGUCCCUGGCCAUGCGCAUGUCCCAGGACGAGGGUCUGCUCUAUGUGAAUGGCUACGAUCAUCCACAUAUAAUGGCCGGGCAGGGUACGAUUGGACUGGAGAUCCUCGAACAGGUGCCCGAACCGGAUGCUGUGGUGGUGCCGGUGGGCGGUGGUGGCCUAAUAGCCGGCAUAGCCACAGCGGUGAAGGCACUGUCUCCCAAGACCAAGAUAAUUGGCGUGGAGUCGGAGAAGUGCGCAAGUUUCACGAGAGCCAUGGAGAACAAGGGACCCAUUCAUACACCCAUCAAGAACACCCUGGCCGAUGGUCUGGCUGUUCCAAAGGUCGGCUACAAUGCCUAUGCCACGGCCAUGCCCCUUAUCGAUCGCAUGGUGGUGGUCAAGGAGGAGUGGAUUGCAGUUGCUAUACUCCGACUAGUGGAGGAGGAAAAGUGUGUAGUUGAGGGAGCUGGUGGUGCAGGUUUGGCUGCCAUUUUGGCCGGACAUCUCGAUGAACUGAAGGGCAAGAAGGUUGUGGUUCUGCUCUGUGGAGGCAACAUAGACACCACUGUCUUUGGACGCUGUCUGGAGCGAGGACUGGCCGCUGUGGGUCGCUUGGUGAAGUUCAAUGUGGAGAUCAGCGAUCGGCCGGGCGGCAUCAAUGACCUGUGCAACCUGCUGAUGCGCAUAGGGGUCUCGAUCAAGGAUAUUAUGCACGAGCGUGCCUGGCUAAGGGACAUCUACACCGUGGAGGUGAAAGUAAUCUGCGAAACGGUCGAUUGGUCGCACAGUCUGCAGCUGAAGAACGAACUGAAGAAAUUCUACUCCAAAGUAGAGUUCUCCGAUGUGCCACUGGCAAUACUCAAUGCCCCAGAGUCGUAGGAUCAAGCAAAAUAUGCAACAAGUACACGGUACACAUAUGAUUUAUUCACUUCAGCAGCGCAGCUAAACUUAAAGCUUUAACUUAGAGCGUAGAUAUACAUAUAUAGUACAUAUAUAUAAUCGUAAAUAUAAUCGUAAUCGAAGUAAAAAUAUGUAAAUUAGGUGUAAAUAAAUAUACAUAGAAUACAGAGUCUUGAAACGAAUUGGCCAACGCAAGGCUUGAAUAAUUU